CCGCGGAGCAAACAAUCGCUGAUAAUAAAAGGCGGAACAAAAAUUAAAACCUCCAUUCGACUCUUCCACUGCCACCCGUCGCAUUCUGGCAUUUAUCUCUUCUCCAUUUCCUUGAUUUUUGGGAUCUGAAAAAUCGCCAUGAAUCGCCACAACGAUCCCAAUCCAUUCGAUGAAGAAGAGGUCAAUCCAUUCUCGAAAGGCGGACCUGCUCCUGGAUCAAAGUUUCGAAUCCCACAAGUGGUGUCGGAAACUCUGGGCUUUGGCCAGAAGCAUGAUGCUACUGUGGACAUACCACUGGAUAGGAUGAAUGAUCCGAAGACGAAGGAGCGAGAGCUUGCUGCUUGGGAAGCAGAACUUAGUAGGAAAGAAAAGGAAAUCAAAAAGAGGGAAGAAGCUGUUUCUAAAGCUGGUGUCCCUGCUGAUGAUAGAAACUGGCCUCCAUUUUUUCCCAUUAUUCAUCAUGAUAUAGCUAAUGAAAUACCAGUACAUGCUCAGAAGUUACAGUACUUGGCCUUUGCUAGCUGGCUAGGUAUAGUGUUGUGUUUGGUCUUCAACGUCGUUGCUAUAACUGUCAAUUGGAUAAGAGGCGGGGGUGUCGUAAUCUUUUUCCUCGCUGUAAUAUAUUCCAUACUUGGGAUUCCUCUUUCAUAUGUCCUGUGGUACAGACCUCUAUACCGUGCUAUGAGGACGGAUAGUGCCUUGAAGUUUGGUUGGUUCUUCAUGUUCUACUUGUUACAUAUCUUAUUUUGCAUUUUUGCUGCCAUUGCGCCUCCGGUUGUGUUUCACGGGCAGUCAUUGACGGGCAUCUUAGCAGCAAUUGACGUCUUCUCUGCGCAUGUCUUGGUUGGGAUAUUCUACUUAAUUGGAUUUGGCUUUUUCUGCUUGGAAUCGCUUCUUAGUUUGUGGGUCCUUCAGAAAAUCUAUUUGUACUUUAGGGGAAACAAGUGACUUGAGUGAGAGGAGAUUACGCCACGGUUGCGACGACGUCGCAGCGGUUAAAUUUUUAGGUUAUCAUAUCUUGUGAUGGUAUUGUAUUUUUUAGGAUGUUGGUGAUUUUUUUAAAUGAGCUGAGAGUGAGAUGUGGAUUCUAAAGUUGAUACUGUUGAUGUGAUAUAAAUAUAUAGUUUUGUGCCAAUUUGUUAUUAUAUUUUA